UUCGUAGCGUUUUUGUUUCGCUUCUUCGUGUUACGCUUGCUAUGGCUCUCCUGGAUGGCGGAGUGUAUCACACCACCGGGCUACACACAGCAACAGAUGGGGCGCCAGAGUCCCAGUCCACGGUGGGUCAUUGGUUCGACCCUCUGAGGCCAACACGGAGUCCACAGCCAGCCAGCGGCGGGCCACUCUUUGGCUCGCUACCGCGGGCAGUCAUCUCAGCUCCCGACACAUGCCGGAGACUUCCGAGGCGAGGGUGCAGAUUUGGACGCCAGAUUGCGGGCGGUCGUUGCCGCCGCAUUCUCAGCUAUGCCAGCAAGGAAGAAGCAGCAGCGGGAUCGGUCUACAGCUCCCAAUGGAACAGCGCAGAGAUAACGAGGACGGUGGCUGCUGAGUCGGCUGCUGGCUCAGUCAUCCUGACAUCUUCGGAACUCAGCGGGCCGGCCAAGGCCGGCACGACACAGCGUUGCAUUGCACAGGCUGCUGGGGUGUUUCCUCAGCAUUGUGGGGCCCUGUGACGCAGACCGAGGUGAACAGAGCACUGUAGAGGAAACAAAUAAAACGUUUGGAAAGUU